UAUAUCAUCAUCAUCAUUAUCAUUUACCUUUGUGCCAAACCAAACACUUAUCUUUCUUUCUCUCUUUAGGUGUGUUUUUUUUUAGGUGUGGAGCGAUUGUGGGUCAUUCUUAUUCCCUUUUUUGUUCUUUGAAAAAGAACUUUGAGCAAAAAAUAAUAAUGGGGAGGAAAUGCUCACAUUGUGGAAACAUAGGCCACAACUCAAGAACUUGCACUAAUUACAAUAUUAAUAGAGGCACUACUACUACUAAUGUGAAUAGCACCACCAUUAUGGUAGGAUCAGGAGGAGGUGGAUUAAGGCUAUUUGGAGUUCAACUUGACUCCCCACACUCUAUGGUCAUGAUGAAGAAAUGCCUUAGCAUGGAUUGCUUUGAUCCUUCUUCUUCUUCUUCUAAUUCACCUUUACCCACGGCUUCGGCUUCAUCACAUUCGCCUUCUUCCUCUUCUUUAUCUUCGUCUCGGGUCUCCCUCAACGACCUCAGCUCCGAAAAGACUGUGUCGGUUGGCUAUCUAUCCGAUGGUCUCAUUGCAAGAGCUCAAGAAAGGAAAAAGGGUCUACCUUGGUCGGAAGAAGAACACCGACGGUUCCUAAGCGGACUGGAGAAGCUAGGAAAGGGGGAUUGGAGAGGGAUAUCAAGAAACUUUGUCAACACAAGGACCCCUACUCAAGUCGCCAGCCAUGCUCAAAAGUACUUCCUCCGCCAGGCUUCUCUUCUUAACAAGAAACAACUACGCCGUUCCAGCCUCUUUGACUUGCAGGUUAGAGGCAAUCAGAACAAGAACGUACCACUACUACUACAACAAAAUCAAGAAAAAAGUAGUGAUAUACAGAUGACGACAAGCUCAGUCGUUAUUGAUCAUGAAGAACAUCAUCAAGAUCACAAUAAUAUAGAUUCAAGCCGCAGCAGCUCUUUAAAACAAGAGAACAAUAUUAAUAAUAUUAACGACUACUACUACAACGACAUUAAUCCAACGGUGGUCGACAUGAAGAAAUCAGCAGCAGCAUCAAAAUGUUCAUCACUUGUAGUAGUAGUGCAGCAUCCUACUACUACUACUACUUGUCAAAGUGAUAAUCUUGAUUUAGAACUUACACUUGCUACUGCUCCAAAGCCAAUAAUCAUAAUGGACCGCCAGCAAAACAAGCAGCAGUCAUCUACCACUACCCUUCAACUUGGCCCCGUUAUUAGUGUUACUUAACCACCACUUACUUACUUUGAGUUUCAUUUAAUUUUUCCCUACCAUUAAUUAAUUUUAUGUUCAAAAAAAACAAAGAAUAAUUUCUAAUUAUUAUAUAUAUAUAUAUCAUCGAUC